UGAGCCCGCUGCUUUUCCCAUAAGUGAGUAGGCGCCGAUGGACUUGACGUGGGAUGGGCCUUUUCGAAAGACCUUUGACUGGUGCGUGGGGUCAAAUGUUGUGCCUGUCACUAUCGCUAUCAGCAAACCAUUCUUCGAGGGAAUACGUGCUGCGGGCUCAUUCCUUUCGUUCUCAAUAGAUAUCGACGAAUUAUUAGAGGCAUCGGCCCUCGAAGCGAAACAUAAGAGCCUUCUUCCAAGGAAAGCAAGAGGUUCAGCGAGUCCAUCCAAGGAGGGACAUGGAUCUCCGACGAGAGCACCCUUCGCCGAUUCCCAUCCGCAUCGGUCCGGGUCGGAACAUCAAGGCGGUGGCCGACAGUUCACCAGGCGACGGAAACGGAAGGCCGCAUAUGGGUGCGUGGUAUCAUUCGACGAGACCCAUAUGACCGCAGAAGACCUCGACAUUGUCGAUCUCCAACCUCCCGAUCACCAACCAACACUACAAGUGUUUGAUUCAACCCCUUCGGCGUAUGUGGAGAGUCUGAAGCAGGCGUUAUCGAGCGUCAGUGCAGGGGCGGCGAAAGCAAACGGAAAGAUUACAUCCAAAGCUUUGUUGAAGCAGAUGCUCCCAUUACUGCAGCAUAGUAGGGUGGCGACGGCAGGUAACCACCUGUUCAGCGUGGAAAGGGGCCUUUUGGACGAGAUGGUUGGGGCGGAGUUGGCGAAGCUUCCAGGACUGCUGGAGGGACAGCGGCCUCGGAUGCAGCGCGCGCCGGACAAUCUGGACCAGAUAGCGACGACAAAGCGUCGAAAGAUCCCGCGAAAUGCCGCAGAAACCGAUAAGAGCGGCGCCGAACCGAAGCUGAAGCUUAAACUGAGUCUCUCCACCGCUCGCUUGUCACCACCUCCUGCCGCCGCGGUGCCAGCAGGAUUUCCCGUUUCAACAUUCCAACUGCAUCCAAAAUCCCCAGCAAGCGGCCACCCUCCAGAAGACAUCGUCAAUUGUAUAUGUGAUCAGCCGCAGGUUGAUCAUGGCGAGUUCAUGAUAGCUUGCGACAAAUGCGGGGUCUGGUACCAUGGGCCAUGCGUUGGCGUUCCUACGGAGGCCGAUCAGAGCUCGGAGAACUGGUAUUGUGUCAGAUGUCAACCCAGGCGGUGACAUCCGCAAGCACCCUCACCACAAACCCACUUUACGGAGACCUGUCUCAUACCGUACAUGUAGUGCGCAUAGAGUCAUGGAGACGUAUUCGUGAUUCUUCUCGAAACAAAGCUAUAUGUGAUGGAUACAUACAAAUCUAGCGCCACCCCUGCCCACUACCGUAAAUCCCCCU